AUGGAAGUCGCCCUGAGUAUAACCAACAACUCAGGGUUUCAAGUGUCUGAGUUCAUCCUGAUGGGGCUCCCAGGCAUUCACAGCUGGCAGCACUGGCUCUCCCUGCCCCUGGCUCUGCUCUACCUCUUAGCCCUUGGUGCCAACAUCCUCAUCAUGACCACCAUCCACCGUGAGCCAACCCUGCACCAGCCCAUGUACCAGUUCCUUGCUAUCCUGGCCUUAGUGGACAUUAGUCUGGCCACCACCAUCAUGCCCAAGAUUCUGGCCAUCUUCUGGUUUGAUGACAGGGCCAUACGCGUCCCUGAGUGUUUUGCUCAGAUGUAUGCCAUCCACUGGUUCUUCUUCAUGGAGUCAGGCAUUUUCCUCUGUAUGGCAAUAGACCGAUACAUAGCCAUCUGUCACCCUCUUCAAUAUCCCUCCAUAGUCACGGAUACUUUCAUGGUCAAAACCACAGUAUUCAUGGUACUGAGAAAUGGUUUGGUAACAAUCCCAGUGCCCGUACUGGCUUCCCAGAGACACUACUGCUCCAGGAAUGAGAUUGACCACUGCCUCUGCUCCAAC